AUGAUUCUUCCAGUUAUAUUUCAUAAUCUUCAAGAAUAUGAUGCUCAUUUGUUUAUAAAACAACUUGCUUGUUUACCAGGUGAGUUAAACUGUAUUCCAUCAACAGAGGAAAAAUAUAUUUCCUUUUCUAAAAAGAUUAAAGUUGAUGAGUACAGGUCUAGACGCAAUGGAGAAAUGAUUCCAUUAUAUUUUGAAAUACGAUUUAUUGAUUCAUUUAAGUUUCUUCAAACAUCACUUGCUAAUCUAGUUGGAAAUUUACAACCAGAUGAUUUUCAUAAUACAAAACAAAUAUUUAAGGAAAAUGUAGGCCUACUAACUCGUAAGGGACUUUAUCCUUAUGACUAUGUUUCAUCAUUUGAAAAACUAUCCGAAACACAAUUACCUCCAAAAGAAGAAUUCUAUUCAAAGCUAAAUGAUGAAGAGAUAACUGAUGAUGAUUACCAACAUGCUAAAAAUGUAUGGAAUACUUUUGAAUGUAAAUCAAUAAGAGAUUAUCAUAAUCUUUACCUAAAGUCUGAUGUCCUACUUUUAUCAGAUGUAUUUGAAAACUUUAGAAAAACUUGUUUGAAACAUUAUAAUCUAGAUCCAGCUCAUUAUUACACAUCUCCUGGACUUGCUUGGGAUGCAUGUCUCAAAGAAACAGGCCAAGAAUUACAACUGUUGCAUAAUUAUGAUAUGUUGAUGAUGUUUGAGCGAGGUAUUCGUGGUGGAAUAUCUCAUAUAUCAAAAAGAUAUCCAGUAGCAAAUAACAAAUAUAUGAAAAAUUACGAUCCUAAUGAGGAGUCUAGUUAUAUUCAAUAUCUUGAUACAAACAAUCUUUACGGAUGGGCAAUGUCACAACAACUUCCAACACAUGAAUUUAAAUGGGUGAGAAACCUAACAAAAGACACUGUAAUGGAUAUCUUGAAUAAAGCAAAUCAUAGUAUGUCAAAUCGUGGAAGAAAAGGAUAUAUAUUUGAAGUAGAUUUGGAAUAUCCUUCAAACCUAUGGGAAUCACAUAAUGACUAUCCACUUGCACCUGAAAAGAUGAUUGUUAAUGUGUUCAAAAACUAAUUUGUCAUUUUAAACCAAGAAAAAACUAUGUUGUACAUUAUCGGAACUUGAGGCAAUAUCUUGAGAUGGGAAUGAGAAUAACUGCUGUUCACAGAGGAAUAUCAUUCUAUCAAAGUUCUUGGAUGGAACCUUACAUAAGAAAAAAUACAGAACUUCGAAAAACAGCAGCCAAUAGUUUUGAGAAAGACUUUUUCAAACUAAUGAAUAAUUCCGUAUUUGGAAAAACAAUAGAAAACAUAAGGAAAAGACAGAAUAUAUUUCUUAUUGAUGAUCGUAAGAAAGCUGCCAAACUAUCAAGUCGUCCAAACUUUGAUAGAGCAACAAUAUUUGAUAAAAAUCUUAUUGCGGUUCAUAUGAAAAAAACAGAAGUGUAUUUUAACAAACCAGUAUAUGUUGGACAAGCAAUACUUGAUCUGUCAAAAACAUUAAUGUUUGAUUUUCAUUAUAACUAUAUUCAGAAGAAAUAUAAACACAAGGCUGAG